UCAAGCAUGGAAAACAAAGAGAAAGAGAGGCAAAUAAAGAUCAGAGAAGGCGUCGUUAAGAGAUUAACAAAGGAACUAGAGAUGUACAAGCAAGAAGUCGUCGACGGUGAAGAAACUAUGAAUAAAAUAUCUUUAGACGACGAGAAUGGUCAGUGGAAGAAGAAUAACCAAUCUAAAUUAAUAGAGGAAUCCAAGAAACUCGUCAUCGAUACCGAGCAGAGACUUACGAAAGCAAUUGAUGAAUUAGAAAAAAUAAAAUGUUAAAAUAUUUCUUUUGUCUUUCUAUAGUGAUCUCUAGUUUCAUGUUCAGCUUAGAUAAUGGCACGAAUAUCCUGAUAUCAACAAAAGCAGCCUCGAGUUUCAAUAAAGCCGAGAGUUUGAACGCUAUCAACGCUAUAACCGCCAUAUUAUUGGCCACUAGCAAGCCCAUUUUUGGUAAGCUCGUAAAGGUCCUGGGUACCGUCAUUAGUCUCGUUAUAUGUCUGGUUUGCCUUACUACAGGUUACCUUAUUUGCUCAGUCAGCCCGUCUAUAUACACACUCGGCGUUGGAUUGUGUAUUUGGCAGGUCGGCUUCUCUGGUUUCCAGAUCAUCCUCCAGAUACUGAUAGCCGACUCAACGAACUUACGUUAUAGAUCAUUCUUCAGCGUAUUGACAAAUUCCGGCUGGUUCUUCGUGUUAUUCUACCUCAACGGAAAGAUUUCCAACCACUUCGUUAACAACUUAAGCUGGCGAUCCGGUUUCUACAUUUACGCAUUAUGCUACAUACCUUCAAUACUCCCGAUUAUUCUCGUCUUGCACUAUAAACAGAGGCGCACAGUUAAGAAACCACGACACAAGAACUCAUCAACGAGUUUGCUAUUCAAAGUGAAACCAACACUGAGUCAACGUAUUAUUCAGUUUGCAUCUGAAGUUGACUUACUCGGAUUAUAUCUCCUAUUCAACCUGUUGAUUUACACAUUCGUACCUAUAAUACUCGCAAACCAGAUCGGUUUCAUAAGUUGGGGUUCACCCACUAUCCCUGCGAUGCUGACUGCUGGAUUGGGUAUGAUCCUACCAGCUUUCCUCUAUUGGGAAAUAUAUUGCGCUGUACACCCUGUACUCCCUCUCCGACUACUCAAGAACAAAACAAUCGCGAUCGUAUGCGUAAUAAACUACUUCGACUUCACAAGUUUCAAUCUGGCGUUCUCGCAAUUGCUCUACUUCACCCAAGUUGCAACAGAUUGGACGACAAAUCAUAUCAAUUAUUACAUAUAUACGCAGGCACUGUGUAUGACAAUUUUUGCGAUAUCUUGGUCCGUCGUCGCUUUCAUAUAUCAAAUUAGGUGGAAAUUUUCAGUAACAGUUGCUUUAUUCGUCAGGCUGUUUGGUAUUGCUCUCAUGCUCUAUACUAGCGGCCACCGUUCAACAUCGGUUAUGGUUUUGACUCAAGUUCUCCAAGGCGCUGGCGGGGGUAUAGUUGCUGUUGCGACACAGGUGGGAGCACAAGGUGCAGUCCAAGCCACGGAUUUGGCAUUAGCCACAGCUGCUGUUCUAUUGGUUGCUGAAAUAGGUAACGUAGCGGGCUCAUCAGCAGCGUCUGCGAUCAAUGUCCAAUAUCUUCCUCAGAAAAUCCAAGAGCUUUUCCCACAUUUUAGCCAAGAGCAAAUACAGUCAUAUGUCGGAGACCCUUCCAAAUCACGUCUAUUAGGUGCCGUAGGUACUCCGGCGCGCGAUUUGAUGAUAAAAGCAUUCUCAAACAACAUGAAAUUGUUGAUUAUACCAGCUAGUUUGCUCUCUCUCAUACCUAUCAUUGCUAGUCGCUUCCUCGUUGAUUUUAACCUCGAUCAGCGGAAGAAUGUGGUCGAGACGCCGGAUAACAUGAUCGCAAACCAUGGCGCAACAAUGACACAAGAAUCGCGGACUUCACGUACGUCUAUCGAUAGUGCGCUCAGCGAACUUAGCAGCGAGUCCGAAGGUGUUGAUAGACAAUUCAAUCAGGCGCUCAACACAUAUGCAUCACAUGACAACCUUCGAACCUCAACUACAUUCACGGGAGGUAGUUCGAAUGGGAUAUUUAACGAAUAUGACGAAAUAGACGAUGACGAUAAUGAGCGAAGUCUCUUAUCUGGUAACAGAAAUUGAAAUGCAUUUAAUCCAGUGUAAUAUAGUAUAAAUUAGCUUCUCCUGGCUGCUAUAAGGCAGUCUUCGGACAAAUUGCGGCCUGUCUGGCGAGUGUAUUCUUCACUACUGAGGAAGAUGACGUCCACACCUGCUUCUUUGAGUUUUGAAACGCCCUGGCAGUUGACAAAGUCUGGUGGCUCCUCUACGCCUAUAAAAACCUUUUUGAUUCCAUAUUCUAUGAUUGUAUCGGUGCAGGCUCGCAGACCAGAUGUUCGUACAGUGCAUGGUUCGAGUGUAGUGUAGAGUUCAACCUGGCUGAGAAUACUCUUGUCUUGUACUUUCGCUAUAGCGUUUGCCUCUGCGUGUGUGUUACCCUCUAAUUCACGUGAAUAUCCCGUUGAGAGUAUUUCAUUCUGAUGUGUGAGGACACAGCCAACACUGAAAGCACCCUGUGCUAUUGGUGCUUUGUUAGCUUCCUCUAAUGCAAUCAUAAUACAUUUCGUCCUAUCAACACUCAUCGUAGCU